AACCGCUAUCUCUAUAUAAUGUGGUGUAUCGGAUCCAAUAACACUUAAAACAAAAGAGCGUUUGAUUAGCUUUCGUACUAAGAUGGAAGGCGUAGAACACAGAACGGUGGAAGUGAAUGGCAUAAAAAUGCAUGUAGCAGAGAAAGGAGAGGGUCCUGUGGUGUUAUUCCUCCAUGGCUUCCCCGAGCUCUGGUACUCCUGGCGCCACCAGAUUCUCUCUCUCAGCUCCCGAGGCUACCGCGCUGUUGCACCGGAUUUACGUGGCUACGGUGAUACAGAGGCACCGGAUUCAAUCAGCAGCUACACCGGCUUUCAGAUAGUGGGUGAUCUGAUUGCGCUUAUAGACCUUCUGGGUGUCGACCAAGUCUUCCUUGUGGCUCAUGACUGGGGUGCCAUCAUAGGUUGGUAUCUCUGCAUGUUUCGCCCCGACAGAGUCAAGGCCUAUGUCUGCCUCAGUGUUCCUCUUCUUCACAGAGACCCCAACAUCAGAACCGUCGAUGCCAUGCGUGCCAUGUACGGAGACGACUACUACGUCUGCAGAUUUCAGAAACCAGGCGAAAUGGAAGCUCAGAUGGCUGAAGUUGGGACUGAGUAUGUGUUGAAAAACAUUCUGACAAGUCGAAAACCUGGUCCUCCGAUCCUUCCCAAGGGAGAGUAUGGAACCGGGUUCAAUCCGGAUAUGCCGAAUUCCUUACCCUCUUGGCUCACGGACGAUGAUCUUGCCUAUUACGUAUCCAAAUUUGAGAAAACAGGCUUCACAGGACCCUUGAACUAUUACAGAAAUUUGAACUUAAAUUGGGAGCUGACAGCACCAUGGAGUGGAGGAAAAAUCCAAGUGCCGGUAAAGUUCAUCACAGGAGAGUUGGAAAUGGUGUACACCUCUCUGAACAUGAAGGAGUAUAUCCACGGUGGAGGUUUCAAACAAGAUGUGCCAAAUUUAGAAGAAGUGAUUGUGCAGAAAGAUGUAGCUCACUUCAAUAAUCAAGAAGCAGCUGAGGAAAUCAAUAAUCACAUUUAUGAUUUUAUCAAGAAGUUUUGAUCACCGAACGAAUAGAAUAAUGAUA